AUGUCAAAAAAUAUAACGUUAAAAUUUUUGCCCAACGAGGACGAAAUUUUAGUUGUUGAAGUAGAGAAAGAACGUGCUAUUUAUGAUAGUUCUCUCGAAAAACACAAAGACUAUGGAUAUUUAAAUAAAUGUUGGAACAAUAUUUCGGUUGUAGUUGGUAAAUCAUCUGAGGAUUGCAAAUAUCGAUGGCGGAAUAUACGUGAUACCCACAUGAGGCACAAAAAAAAACUUGGUACUGGAUCUCCGGCCAUAUUGUCCAAAAAAAAAUGGCCUUUAGCUGGUCAUUUGUCAUUUUUGGAUAAUGUUGAGUAUGAAAGAGUCACGGUAUCAAAUGUGUGCAAUGAUCAAGACUCGACAAUAGUUGAAAGUAACCAAGAUAAUACCGGAGAUCCAUUGAAUGAAUCAACUGAAGAAACAGCUGAAGAGGUCAUAUAA